GGGGGAAGGCCGAGCGGCGUGGCGCGGCGCCCACUUCCGGUCGGCGGAGCGGGAGGGGAGAGCGGGCGGCGGCGGCACCGGCGGGCGCAGCGGUCACCAUGAGCAUCCAGCAGCUCCUCCUGUGCCUGUCCCUCUGGGUGGCCUGCGUGUCGGCCAAGCCCACGGAGAAGAAGGACCGGGUGCACCACGAGGCGCAGCUCAGCGACAAGGUGCACGACGACGCCCAGAGCUUCGACUACGACCACGACGCCUUCCUGGGCGCCGACGAGGCCAAGACCUUCGACCAGCUGACGCCGGAGGAGAGCAAGGAGAGGCUGGGAAAGAUUGUAAGUAAAAUAGAUGAAGACAAAGACGGGUUUGUAACUGUGGAAGAGCUCAAAGACUGGAUUAAGUUUGCACAAAAGCGCUGGAUAUACGAGGAUGUAGAGCGGCAGUGGAAGGGGCACGACCUCAAUGAGGACGGCCUCAUUUCCUGGGAGGAGUAUAAAAAUGCCACCUACGGCUACAUCCUAGACGACCCGGACCCCGACGACGGCUUCAACUACAAGCAGAUGAUGGUGCGGGACGAGCGGCGCUUCAAGAUGGCCGACAAGGACGGCGACCUGACGGCCACCAAGGAGGAGUUCACCGCCUUCCUGCACCCCGAGGAGUACGACUACAUGAAGGACAUCGUGGUGCAGGAGACCAUGGAGGACAUCGACAAGAACGGGGACGGCUUCAUCGACCUGGAGGAGUACAUCGGUGACAUGUACAGCCACGACGGCGACACCGAUGAGCCCGAGUGGGUGAAGACGGAGAGGGAGCAGUUUGUGGAGUUCCGGGACAAGAACCGCGACGGCAAAAUGGACAAGGAGGAGACCAAGGACUGGAUCCUGCCCUCGGACUACGACCACGCCGAGGCGGAAAGCCGGCACCUCGUCUACGAGUCCGACCAGAACAAGGACGGGAAGCUCACCAAGGAGGAGAUCGUGGAAAAGUACGACCUGUUCGUGGGGAGCCAGGCCACGGACUUCGGGGAGGCCUUGGUGCGGCACGACGAAUUUUAAGACCUGUACAGAGAAACCCGUUUCUUAAAUAAUUUAUUUUUACAGUUUCUGGAUUAUCAUGAGAAACAUUUUCGCUACUGAGACUGUUAUUUCAGGCUAUGAGGUGAACAACGAAAUCUCUCUCCCGUCCUUUUUUUUUUUUUUUUUUUUUCCUUUUUUCCCCAAAGGAGUGGGGACUCGGUGUUCUGAAAACCGACCUCUCAUUAUGACACUUUGUGGUUUUUAGAUUUACACUUUGUUUUAUGGUCUAACGAGCUCUGUUUAUUUUUGUAUUGUUUUGGUUCCAUGUGAAGUGAAGAACACGAUCCCGAGAGCUAGCGGCAGAGCAGCGCUGAGGGUUUUACCCCCCGCCCUGCCUCCCUCUCCCCCCCCUUUGAUUUUUGUACGUCCUUAGCUGCAGCCUUGGAAGGAGGAAAAGAAAACAAAAAGCGAAGCCCCGAGAU